UUCAGUCCUCUGCUUUCGAAAUCUGUUUGGUGCUUUAUGUAGCUUAUGUUUGGACAGACAUCAUGAUUUACAGAGCAAUAGUCUGUCCGUUUCAUCACUUAUACAUUAUUCAGUGAUACCCAUACAGAGGUGUCAUUCUCAACGAGAUUGAGGAAUUGAUACAGAAAUAAGGUUGCUAAACGAACUAGCUAGCGUUGGCCUUUCUGAAACGACUAAAGUCAACCCGAAGGUUGAGAGUUUAAUGUAUGUUCAGGAGCGGAAUAGACAACAUCCUAGUUUUUGUUAAGAAUGGCAGACGAAGCGCUUUUCCAGUUUCUUCAUCAUGAAGUCAUUCAAUACGUCAAUGCAGCGGAGAAUGGGGAAACGGAAAAUGGGCGGUGCAUCACCAAACUGGAAAGCAUGGGAUUCAGAGUGGGACAGGGGCUGAUUGAAAGGUUCACUAAAGACACACCGCGUUUCAAAGAUGAGCUUGAUGUUAUGAAGUUCAUCUGCAAAGACUUCUGGACCAGUGUGUUUAAGAAACAAAUCGACAACCUGAGAACAAACCACCAGGGUAUAUAUGUGCUACAGGAUAACAAGUUCCGCCUCCUCACCCAGCUGUCUGCUGGCAAACAGUAUCUGGAGCAUGCUCCGAAGUAUUUGGCAUUCACCUGUGGUCUGGUGAGAGGCGGGCUUUCCAACCUCGGUGUGAAGAGUGUCGUCACAGCAGAGGUGUCUGCCAUGCCUGCAUGUAAAUUCCAGGUGAUGAUUCAGAAAAUGUAGAACAAUGUAAAGAAGAUCACCAUCCUUAUCAUGUGCACAUCUCAGUUUGUCUCAGCCUUUAUGUCUCGUUGAUUUUUUUUUUUUUAGUUAUAAAGCUUGAAUAUUCUUACCUAUAAACACUAUUGAAGCAUGCUCUGGGGCAUGUACUGUUUUUUGUAUUAUAGGUUUAGCAAUACUGUAUCUGUGUUUUAAUUUUUCUGUUUUACUAUUUGAAUCAGAUUUCCUCUUUCAAAUCUAAAUGUUUGUCUGCUUAAUUUGUUUGCACGUCAGUAAAAGCCUGUUAUGUUUAAGUUGUUGUAUCAGUUGCUUUCUUGAAUAACUGCAAUACUUAAAUAAUUUCUUUCUUUAAUAAUUACGUAAAUAAUGUCCCUCUUUUGUAGCUGAA